AUGGAUUCCGGCUGUGACCGCCCCCCUGACCAUGACGCAUCUGCCAGCUGCUCUGAAGGCGAUGUCGAAAGCAACGCUGCUUCGAACCCCACCCCGGAUCGGUCGGAUAAACCGCCUUUCAGUUUACUUUAUGAUGCCGCAGGAUCCAUCUCCCUCAAGGGGAAUCAAUAUGGGAUCCAAAUCAAUCAAUCCAAGACGCCCAGAUCCGACGCACCGGAGAAUCAAGGCCGAGGCAACCAUUCAUCCACUCGCUCUUCCAGCCGGGCUCCCCGCCGAUUAAGUGGAAGUACCGCCACUAGCUCCGUCAGUGAAACGGAGUAUACACCUCCUACCAUUGGGAAAAUAGGUGUCUGUGCCCUAGAUGUUAAAGCGCGAAGCAAGCCAAGUCAGAAUAUCCUAACACGCCUUCAGUCGAAGGGUGGGUUUGAGGUUAUAGUAUUUGGUGACAAGGUCAUUCUCGACGAAGCAGUAGAGAAUUGGCCUGUGUGUGACUUUCUUAUUGCAUUCUUUUCCGAUGGCUUCCCGCUGGACAAGGCCAUUGCCUAUGCAAGACUGCGGAAACCAUUCUGCGUCAAUGACUUGCCUAUGCAGAAGGUUCUAUGGGAUAGGCGUCUUUGCUUGAGAAUUUUAGACCACAUGAACGUCCCAACGCCCAAAAGAUUGGAAGUUAAUCGAGAUGGUGGGCCAAUUCUGGAGUCCUCAGAUCUCGCCCAACACGUACAUAAGCUGACGGGGAUUAAACUCGAGGGCCCUGAAGACGGAACUGGAGGAGGUGCUUCGAAAACAAAGAGCGUCGCCUUGUCAGAUGAUGGAGAUUCACUUAUAGUUGAUGGUAAAACUUUCAAAAAACCAUUUGUCGAAAAACCCGUGAAUGGGGAGGACCAUAAUAUCCAUAUCUACUUCCCUAAUGACCAGCAGUAUGGCGGUGGUGGACGAAGGCUCUUUCGAAAAAUUGGGAAUAAGAGCUCUGAAUACGAUCCAUCUCUUAUUAUUCCCCGGUCCGUGAAUGAGGAUGGUACAAGCUACAUCUAUGAACAGUUCCUGAGAGUGGACAAUUCAGAGGACGUCAAAGCAUACACAGUGGGGCCAGACUUCUGUCACGCUGAAACACGGAAAUCACCUGUGGUAGAUGGACUUGUUCGUCGAAACACCCAUGGCAAGGAGUUGAGGUAUAUUACACAGCUGAGCAAGGAUGAAGCCGCAAUCGCCUCCAAAAUAUCAAAUGGAUUUGGUCAAAGAAUAUGUGGCUUUGACAUGCUUCGAGUGGGAGAGAGAAGCUAUGUUAUUGACGUUAACGGCUGGAGCUUUGUCAAAGACAACAAUGACUAUUACGAUAGAUGUGCUAGUAUUCUGAAGGACGCCUUUUUGAACGAGAAGCACAGGCGUGAAGGGAACCAGGAGCAGAUUGAAUCAUUCUCACCAGACACUGGUCAUCCCUGGAGAUAUUCUGUCUCCCACAAGCAUGCUUUAAGGACUCUGCUCAAAUCUCCCAGCACCUCAAAGAUUCAUGGGAACACGUCAGGCCACCAAACCUCCGAGCAGUCAAAUUCUUCUGGCUUGAUGGCCCCUUCUUCCACUACAGAGGCUCGUGAUAAUGUGUCUUGUCAUAAUGCCUCAUCCACGCAUGAGAGACUUCCAGCUUCCAGUGCCCAUGUUUCUCCACCUAGCGCUUCACCUGUCAUGUCGAUAAACCUAAAUGAGGGGGCUCCACCCCCACCUCCAGCUUCCAAACACUCCUGGAAACUGAAAGGUAUGGUGGCAGUCAUUCGCCAUGCAGACCGCACACCUAAACAAAAAUUCAAAUUCACAUUUCACAGUCAACCCUUCAUCGACCUACUAAAAGGACACCAAGAGGAGGUCGUUAUCAAAGGGGAGGCAGCCUUGGCUAGCGUGUCCGAUGCUGUUAGAGUGGCGAUGAAAAAUGGCCUGGAAGAUAUGGAUAAACUAAAAUUACUACGUACAUCUCUCCAGAAAAAGGGGGGCUGGCCUGGGACAAAGGUCCAGAUCAAGCCGAUGUUUCGCAAGAAGGAAUUUGACAAGCCAUGCGGACAAACAACCCAGAUGGCUUCCACCGAGAACACUGAGGAUGGCGCCAUGUGUUCCCAUCCCGUUGAAACUUCAUUAGGGACCCACGAUACGAGCAGGUCUCAAACGCGAAGCGAUUCUAUCUCUGGUGCAACAUUUUCACGAUUCUCUGCGGCUGAGAAUGACCUUGUCCUGGAUAAACUUCAGCUCGUAAUUAAAUGGGGAGGGGAGCCUACACAUGCGGCGAGAUACCAAUCUCAAGAUCUAGGGCUUAACAUGCGUGAUGACCUGAAGUUGAUGAAUAAAGAGGCCCUUAACAACGUUCGCAUAUUCACGAGCUCCGAGCGAAGGGUGAGCACUAGUGCUCAAAUUUGGGCUUGUUCCUUUCUUGACCAAAAAGAGCUCCCGGAAGAUUUUAUACAAGUCCGCAAGGAUCUUUUGGACGACUCCAACGCCGCUAAAGACCACAUGGACAAAGUUAAGAAGAAGCUGAAACUGCUUUUACGGGAGGGCUCUGCACCAUCGCAGUUUACCUGGCCAAAAGACAAUAUUCCUGAGCCGUCGGUUGUUCUAGCUACAGUUGUCGAACUUAUGAAGUUCCAUCGCGACGUCAUGAGACAUAAUUUCCAAAGACUUGAAAAACCGCAACAUGAUGUCAUGGAAUCAGACGACUUCGAGGAUCCUGCCUUGACAGAUUUAAACUCAGGUAAUCCCGCUUUGGACUCGAUCCAAGGUCGGUGGUGUACUGGUGAAGAUCCUACCUUAUUUAAGGAAAGAUGGGAGAAGCUAUUCGCCGAGUUUUGUGACACAGAAAAGGUCGAUCCAAGUAAGCUUUCUGAGCUCUAUGAUAGUAUGAAAUUCGACGCCCUUCACAACCGGCCUUUCCUGGAAUGGGUUUUCAUGCCACCGGACGGCGACGAAGGUGAUGCCACUGAGGAUAAUAAGUCUGGCAGCGAAGGAGCAAGUCAGGAAAAGAGCGAAGAACUCCCUGAAAGCUCCGCCCUCGCCCGACGGUUUGGAUUAAAAAAGAGAAUGCACGCAUUUGAAUCGAUGCCCCACUUCAGGGCACUGGAUGAUUCCUACGACCACUAUUUCAAGCUAUAUCCAGGAUCAAGUUCCAAGAAGGCCAAACUAGACGGGAGACUUUCUAAAUUGAGGGAACUAUACAAGCUGGCAAAAGUUCUUUUUGAUUAUGUCACACCCCAGGAGUAUGGUAUCACCGACACCGAAAAGCUAGAGAUCGGCCUAUUGACGUCUUUGCCUCUUCUUCAAGAAAUAGUGAGAGAUCUUGAAGAGGUCCAAGCCUCACAAGAUGCUAAGUCCUUCUUUUACUUCACAAAGGAGUCCCACAUUUACACUCUUCUCAACUGCAUUCUGGAGGGUGGGAUACAAACCAAGAUAGCAAGAACAGCUAUCCCUGAGUUGGACUACUUGUCUCAGAUCUGCUUUGAGCUUUAUGAAGCCAGGGACUGCGAAUCAUCAACUAAUUCUUACUCGAUCCGUAUUUCGAUCAGCCCCGGGUGUCAUGCUUUUGAUCCUCUGGAUGUACAGCUUGACUCUAGACAUGCAAUUGGCUGUGCGCCGAGACGGAGUUUAACUGCUCAUCAAGAUUGGAAAGAGGUCAUCGAAACACUGAAGGCGAAAUUUGACACUGUCAAACUACCGCAGACAUUCAUCGCAGUAAACCUGAGGCAUCAGGAAGCCGGCUGUGGCCUCCGGGAUGAGUACGGACGUCUAGAGUCGGUCUCGUUCAGCUCUUUACCACCAAAGCUACUAUCAUCUCACCUGUACGAGUCUGUUCCUCGUCACCUUCAGACUCGAGGAAGGGCCAAACACAUCUUUCUCCAUAUCUUGCAGCCUCUCUUGUUGCAUCUUGGAUUAUCCGACUAUGAAAUCCACGAAACAGAAUCCGCAAAUACAAUAAUUGAGCUGUGUAUGUCAAGGUUUAUCUUGAAAGCCGAGUCUGGAAUCUCGCAGACGAUAGUUCUUCUAUCCGGAGAUGGCGGCUUGACUGAUAUCGUUAAUACCUUUCACACUGCUGGUACACCUUCAUUACAUCCUCCCACGCUUGCUCUCAUCCCAAUGGGCACAGGAAACGCAAUGGCAAGCUCGAUUGGAAUCGGUUCUCGGCCGCUUUCCGCCUUAGUGGCUCUGCUGCAAGGCACGCCCAAGCCCAUACCCGUCUUCGGUGCUAUAUUCUCACCUGGCGCACGAUACGUCACUGAAGAGGGCCAGUCUCGGGCCCUUAUCAUUGAUAACCCAGCAAAUGACAACCUGGGCCCGAGAAUAUAUGGUGCCGUGGUUGUCAGUUGGGGCAUGCACGCGGCAUUAGUGGCUGAUAGUGACACGGUGGAAUAUCGCAGAUUUGGGGCCGAUAGGUUCAAGAUGGCUGCAAAGGAACUUCUUUUCCCAUCCAGUGGUGCCGAGACCCAUAGAUACAUUGGUACGGUUACUUUCACGAAGAGCAACGGCCAAACAGACAGUGAGCGUGUCGAAAUCAUGCAAACCCGGGAACACAUGUAUUUGCUAGUGACUUUGGUUUCGAGGCUUGAAGAGGCCUUUGUGAUCUCCCCCGAAUCAAAGCCGCUCGAUGGCUGCCUUCGAAUGGUUCAUUUCGGGCCACUACCUCCGGAGCAUGCUAUGCAACUGAUGAGCGAUGCCUAUCGCGGAGGUCAGCAUGUAAAAAAGGACCGUGUUUGCUACAGAGAGAUUGCGAAGCUUAGAAUUGAUUUCGACGAGCAGGAUGAGAGAUGGAGAAGAGUAUGUAUUGAUGGCAAAGUCAUUGCUGUCGAGGAGAAGGGCUGGGUCGAGAUACCAGACCGCGGACUUUCUCCAUUUGACAAGUCGAAUCAAUAUAAAUUCCAUUCUGUUCAAGGGUGGCGUACAGCUCAAAGUAACGUCGAGCAGGCAGCUGAAAUGCUGUUGAUCCACCAAGCUGGAAGUGUUCAAGUGGGUGAGGUGGUUAGGUACACCAUCACAUAUACACCAUCAGCUGAAAAGAUUCACCCUAUCCCAGAAAAACUAUUCGUCAAAGUAAAGAAUACGUCUGCAAUCCCCCUGCGAGCGGCUUAUCUUCAUGGUCCCUACACCCUGUACACGUCCUGCUAUCCCUCUACAUUUGACCCCAACGUUAAAUUCCCCCAUCGAGAUACGGAGGAAACACCACAAUUUGAACCUUACCUAAAAGCAGGAGGGAACUGGGAUGCGGUCAUCAAUGUUUCGCAGAGCAGCACACCGAAAAAUACUCAAGCCAGAUCCGAUUCAUCCGAGCCCGUGACAUGGGUUGUGGAGAUAGUCUCCCAGGUGAUUUUCUCAAACACCGCGUCUGUCGGCUUUGAACUUUUGGUGGGCCGCGACAAAAAGUCCACAGAGCUCUCUGUAGGGGGGUUAACAACGGACGGAGGUCGGGCAGCUCAACUACGCGACCAUUGGUCAACCGAAUCGAAAGGCAAGCAAGUUCUUGCUUCCAGAGGCGUUUAUUCAAGCUCUAUUACCUUGCUUGUCGAUGAUACUGCUAGCCUUUGGAAUUACCCCCCCUUUCCAGGCUUAUCAGAAGAACAUAACGAAGGAAAGGGGAGGAGACCAAGUCAGGAUUUUCCAGCAUCGCAUGCCGAGUCGUCAUCGAGUUUCGAUGGCCCCGCUAGCUCGACCCAGUGCGGCCAGCGCAGAAAGAAAAUCCAUCUUGUCAUAUUAACGCAUGGCUUACAUAGCAAUCUCGGCGCAGAUAUGCUCUAUCUCAAAGAAAGCAUCGAUGCCGCUGCAAGAAAUGCGAGAGGCUCUAAAGGUCGUCACACAAAGAAUAGAAAUAAGAGCAACAAGAACGAACAUGCUGGCCCCUGCGCCCCUGCCAGCUCUAAGACAGCGAGCCGCAUUGGAGACAACGAGCAACAAGAGCAGGAGCAGCAAGACCACCAGGGGAAUGAGGAGGAGGAUGAGGGAGAUGGGGGUGAGGAAGAAGGGGACGAUAACGACGUCGAACAGGUCAUAGUUAGAGGUUUUCCUGGAAAUGCUGUCCGUACUGAACGCGGGAUUCAGUACCUUGGGAAACGCCUCGCAAAAUAUGUUCUUUUGAUGACAUAUCCUGACCAGCCACAUCUACCUGGCAGAUCUGCCAGCACAAAUUCUUUCCCAAAAACCCGUUCUACUUGGAAGAGUGCAGUGGAAGAACCUUCUAUAGACGGUGCCUGCUCUGACAAUCCAGCUGGGCUCCCUGAUGCCAAAACCCAUGCUUACAAAAUAACAAGCAUCAGUUUCAUUGGACACUCACUCGGCGGUCUCAUUCAAACAUAUGCUAUUGCGUAUAUUCAAAAACACUAUCCCGGAUUCUUUGAUUCUAUCAAACCUGUCAACUUUGUCGCUCUUGCCACCCCGUUCCUAGGCCUCAGCAAUGAAAAUCCUAUGUACGUUAGGUUUGCCUUAGACUUGGGUCUUGUUGGUCGGACAGGUCAGGACCUAGGGCUUAGUUGGACGGCGCCGCGAGUAAGAAGUGGCUGGGAAGCCAUGAUUGGCGGCAAAGGGGACUCCACGAAGCCGCACCAACACGCAAACGCUGGCUCGAAGCCUUUACUCAGGAUCCUACCCUGUGGUCCGGCUCAUGAAAUAUUAUCUAAGUUUCAGAAUCGCACGGUCUAUUCCAACGUCGUCAAUGAUGGGAUCGUUCCUCUACGCACCUCUUGUCUGCUAUUCCUCGAUUGGAAGGGAUUAGACCGAGUGGAGAAAGCUAGACGGGGAAAUGGCAUUGUUGGAACGAUGGCUGAAUGGGGAUGGGCUGAACUAACCGGUGCCAAUUCCAAAUCCCCGCGAAGCACUCGUUCUGUUGCAGAUUUCAGACAGAAGGACCCCCCACAUAAAGGUGAGAAACCAACAAUGCCUGUCGAUAUGCACAACACAACAAACCAUGGUGGCUCGGGUUCGUUUGAUGGUGAUCAAAGCCCAAGCAAGCUUCUACCAGCAAGUCUAUCCGCUGCGGAAGCCUUGCCAAAGAACGAAUCAAACCAGCUUUUCUCACAUAGCUCACUCGGCAAUAUUUUCUCAAUGUUUCGGCCCAAAGGGAAAGCAAAUACCACCACGGGAUACAAACAAACAAAGAUAUAUAAACGCAGUCAAACACUUCCUCCUGGUGAUAUCGUCGAAGGAGUAUCAUCGUCUAGUUUCUGUCAUCGCGAGAGUCUUGCUCGUGACAGUCCUUCCGAAGAAUACGGGUCUAAUACCCCCCCUAAAACUACUUUCUUUGAAUCUGCCAGUGAUCUUCUCAUGCCACCUCUCCCUCCCGCUGAUUUCAUCGUUGACCCCGAGUCAAGAGCUCGGACCAUUUUUCAUGAUCGGAUAUAUCAUCCUGAGGACAUUCCACCACCUCUUCCUACCAAGCGCCGCACCUUGACAUUCGGUUCUUCACAAAGCAAAUCCUCGGGACCACAAUUACUUCCAUCGCAAGAUCCUCAAAUCGAACCCAGUUAUGACGAGGCUGAACCUGAGCGUGGGCUCAAAGUCGAGGAAAAAAUUGCGAGAGCAUACCACCGUAACCUAUCAUGGAGGAAAGUACUCGUGCGGCUUGAACCUGAUGCACACAAUAAUAUCAUUGUUAGGCGAAUGUUCACGAAUGCCUAUGGGUGGCCGGUGGUAAAGCACCUUGUUGAUACACAUUUUGGGUGUAGCUCCAAGUCUGAUGGCAUCUCCAAGCACGGCAUGGAGAGGGCUGAUCCAUCUCCGGUACCAAUCGGUGAACUGGGCGGGGACUUGCAAGAUCAGCCAGCUAUCCUCGAAACUAGGAGCCUCACUAAACACGAACACUCCGCAGAGCUGCUUGAUGACACAGCUCUCAAUAAUCGCGGCCACUCCGAUGCUUUGACUGAGCCUGAGCCCGAAUAUACAGCACGCACACAGAUCAUCCAGGCGGAAAAUGAAGAGCAUAGAUCUUUCGAAAGCGCCCCCUCUGCAGCCAACCAUUCAACUACAAGAGAAUCAUCUACAAUCAUCUCGGAAAACCCGGGCCUCGAAGAUAACCACAACGACUAUGGUUAUAUUUCUAUCAAGUCUAAAACUAGGGAGGAGUUGAUAAGUGAAUGA